AUGUCCUCGAACCGGGCUUCCGCGGAUGAUGUGGAGCACGUCCAGAGCACAGCUGUGCCCGGCGUGCAGUCAACAAAACAAUUCCCUCCCUCCGAGAAGCCCAAUGCCUGUUAGUUGAAUCUCAAUUCGUGCCGUGUCAGAAAUCUGAUAAUGAUGUCAAAGUCACAGAACUCAUGAAACCCAAAAAGGAAUCAGUGCCUGACGACACAGACUCGGCCUCGAAGCGAACCGUCUUUGCCAGACGAGAUGGUCUCGCAGCUUACACAAUUGAUCCUGCCAGCUUUCCGUCGAGUCGUGUCGUGUAUUACAACGACAAAUUCACAGUCAUCAAUGACAUGUUCCCAAAGUCGCAAAUCCACCUACUCAUCCUUCCACGCGAUCCGAAGAUGAAUAUAUUACGACCGCAGGAAGCAUUCGACGACCCUCAGUUCCUCGAGGAAUGCAGGCGGGAAGAGAAGAAGGUCAGAAAGAUUGUUGCGGAAGAGUUGCGAAGGAGGUUUGGCCAGUCCUCGAGGUCAGAGCAAGCGCGGAUACAGGCCAUGGAGUCAGAGGAUCCCCCACAGGAGCUGCCACCUGGUCGUGAUUGGGGUAAGAGUGUUAAGUCCGGAAUCCACGCCAAUCCUUCUAUGAACCAUCUUCACAUCCACGUUCUGAGUGUCGACCAUGUCAGCGAACCGAUGAAGAAGACAAACCACUACCUCUCUUUCACCACCGAUUUCUUCGUCGGCUUGGAUCAGUUUCCUUUGGCCGAGGACGAUCAUCGAAGGGACUACAGGCAUUUUCCGGAGGACAUGCGUUGUUGGAGAUGUGGAAAGAAUUUCGGGAACAAGAUCACGAGGCUGAGAGAGCAUCUGACGGAGGAGAUUGAGAAGUGGAAGAAGGAGUGA